UAUGCAUAUCGAGGCUCACUCAAGACGACUGAGUCCACUCUAACAGAUCAUCGCAAAAGAACCAACAAUUUUUCAAAGCAGGCCACCUGGCUCUCAUCCACGAUACAUAACAAGGACCAGCGAAACUCGUACACCAUAAAUCUGCUCGAGCUGGUUCACUGGCCUACCGCCCACAAUGGCGGACCCUUUUGAGGUCCGCAUGAAGUUCACCUCUCAACUGCAGCACCUGAACGCCUCGGUCACAUCCGCACAAAAGGCUGCCCAAUAUGCUUUGCGCCACAAAGAGAUGGACGAGGACUUGCACUCGUGCAUUUUGGAGCAAGUGGAAAGGAACAACAUGAACACCAGAGCAAACAUUAUGUACUUUAUCGAGCACUUCCUGGACUCGGCGCAAAAGGAUGGACAUCGAGACUAUGUGCGCAUGAUGCAAAGAGACAUCAUCAGGGUGGUGGAUGCCGUUGCGCCAGAUGAUGGCUCAGGGGCGGCGAACGUUAGGGUCGUCCGAAAGGUCUUGCAUGCGCUGCAAAACAAGGGCUACAUCGAAGUGCAGGCGGUAGACCAGAUACAUGAGGUCUUACGGGAGCGGGAGACGACGUCGGACGAUCUGGGCCUCAAUUCACCCAACGGAGAUGUCGAAAUGACCGACGCUACCCCGUCGCAAACGAUGCCCAAGCCUACGCGCCGUGGUGGCGGAUCUCAGAAGAUGGACAAGCGCCAGAUAGAGCAGCGCAUAGAAGAGGACCGCGAGAGGCACAAGCGCGAGAGGGAGAAUAUCUGGGCGAUACCGGCCGGGCCUGAUGCAGAGAUGAACAAAAUGUGGGAAGAGACGAGUGACUGGGGAGAGGACGAUGAUCGGCUUCUGGCUGAGGAAGCGGAGGAUUUCCGGAAAGAAAUGGAAAUGAGAAAAUGUCCGCAUAGGGACGCGAUCAAUGGGGAGGCAGGCUAGCCACCAGACUUGGUCUUCUUGAUGGAUACUGCAUAUCUCGGCGUUGGACAGCACAGCACACACAUCUAGCGGGAAUUUAUAUCAGGCUUGACACAUGUAGCUUCAUCUUGGCACGCACC